GAGAGUUGUAAUUGUGACAAGUUAAUUGUGCUGAUGUUUUCUAAAUGCCAUUGUAGAAGUGGGUCCGAAGUUUUAUGUUUAACUAAAUAACAACAGUUUGAAUGGGAUUUAUCCCUCUCUUUCUCACUGCAAACACCCGGGCACAGUCUUAUCUCUACCUUUGCUUCAGCGCUGUGACUGGUGUUCAUAACUACUCGACACCACCUUUUGCAAUUGUUUUCUGUAUUCUUAGUGGUAACAGGUGUGUGUGAAUCUUAUUUUUGGAAAUGGCUUGAAUUUGGGAACUUAGUUUUGAGAAGAACCUUAAGAAUGCAGUGUAAGGAUAUACUCUGACAUCCUUAACUGAUGUAGCCGGUCUCUUUGGGCACAUUAGGACAGAUAACCAAGUUCACACAGCAGCCUGUUUCAUUGUUGGACAGCUCCAGGAAGAGGACAUCUGCCUCUUUAUUUCCACACUUUGGCUUCCAGUCGUUUCCUUGGACACACGUCAGAGUCAGUUCAGCCCAGGCUUUCCCAGCAUGUGACCGAGCAUUUCAGCUAUGCAAAUAAUGCUUCCCAUAUGCUGCUCUCUUCCGUGUUUCAGACCCUCACAUGUUUUUUUUAAACCUCUAAUAAGUGAAGAACUAAUUCCAUUUUAUGGAAAAAGAGACUUAGGUCUUAAGUAGCCAAAGUGAUAUAAUUUGUGAAGAGCUGUGUCCACAACAUUUGCCUUCAGACCCACAUCUUCUCCCUGCACAACACUGUAAACCAGCGGUAAUGGAAAAAAUAAAAAUCAUAUGAAAAAAAUCCUUUGCUUGUCCCGCUUACCCAGGCUGUUCUUGCUAUCCAUCUCUCUUGUGGGUUUCUCUAAGUUAGGAAAUAGUCCCAGUUUCAUUAAUGACAUCCUGUUUAAACCUAGUGUCUGAGCUGUCUUCAUCCUAAGCAUUCCCCCCCGGCAUGUUCCCAUUGCUGAUAUUCUGGACAUGGCUGAUCAGGGCUUGGUAUAGACAGACCGACCCUCUAUUUCUAACAAUACAGGAUAAUAUUACAUUUAUUUCUAGGCCUAGACGUGGUUCCUGUUGAACUUGUACCUAACCAGAGGUUUUUUGGGAAAUAGUUUUUUUCUGUCUCAAUUUAUUUCUUUCACAAAGAAUUGCUGGGAAGGCAAUUCUUUCCUGUUUACAACUAGGGGAGACAUCUGUCAUGGUGAGAGAUUAUGUUGGGUAGUGACUCUACCACUUACUGUGUGACCUGGGCUUAGUUUUGCUCUGAAAAUAUGAGUAAUGCAUAUUUUGACCUAUAAAAAGGCAAUUUCAUACGGUUCGACUCAGUUUAAUAAGGUACCUACUUCCUACGGUUAUUGGGAGGAUCAUAACACUUGUGCCUGCACAUGGUUGCUCUGCUGUGUUCCAUCUCCUUCUCCUAAAGAUGCAUCCUGACUUAUCUCCACACUUGCACACUGAAGAAUGCAACGUCUUGAUUAACUUGCUUAAGGAAUGUCACAAAAAUCACAGCAUUCUGAAGUUUUUUGGUCAUUGCAAUGAUCUUGAUCGGGAGAUGAGAAAAUGCUUGAAAAAUGAGUACAUGGAGAAGAGGAACAAGAGCAGGGAGCAUGGCAAUGCCAUGAGAAAGAGACUUCUCAAUCUUCCAGAGGAGUCUGAAAAAUAGAUCAUAACGCCACUGGCUGCCUUGGCUGAGAGAAGACCUAGAGACUCUUGUUGGCAGCUGAGGGAAUCCUGUCUUACUUGGUCUCCAGAAUCCUUGGAGUGGAAAGUGCCCCGUGAGAAGCUGUGGAGAAGUACGGAAACCGAGGACCUGGAUCUAGAACAUCUGAAGAGCGGCGCGCCCUCUCCUCUCCCAGCACGUCGGCUUCUCAUGUGUUUCUUCCCUUUGCCUAUGGCCCGUUAACAUCCAAGUAACUUACCUCCCUCAAUAAAAGCAUUGAGUUUAAUUGUA